UUCUAACUCAUCACUGCAUUUUCAUCCUCUGCUUCUCUCUCUCAUAUCUCUGUGAGCUUCAAGAAAUGGCUGGAAAUGAUUCGCUCGCCGAAUUUCUUGCGUCUGCAGUUCAAGCUGCUCAGGAAGCUGGUGAGAUUAUUCGAGAGGGAUUCUACCAGACAAAAAAUGUGGAGCACAAAGGGCAGGUUGAUUUGGUCACAGAAACUGAUAAAGCAUGUGAAGAUCUCAUCUUCAAUCACCUCAGGAAGCUUUAUCCCACUCAUAAGUUCAUUGGGGAAGAGACUACUGCUGCUUUAGGGGCUACAGAACUUACUGAUGAACAUACAUGGAUAGUUGAUCCUUUGGAUGGAACUACUAACUUCGUGCAUGGAUUUCCCUUUGUUUGUGUCUCCAUUGGUUUAACAAUUCAAAAAGUUCCUACAGUUGGUGUUGUUUACAACCCAAUACUGAAUGAGCUUUUCACUGCCAUUCGUGGAAGAGGUGCUUUUUUGAAUGGAAACCCUAUAAAAGUAUCAUCACAAACUGAACUAAUUAGCUCCCUUCUUGCAACUGAGGUUGGGACAAAACGUGACAAAGCAACAAUAGAUGCCUCUACAAACAGAAUUAAUGCCUUACUUUUUAAGGUGAGAUCUCUGCGGAUGGCUGGCUCCUGCGCCAUGGACCUUUGCGGAGUUGCAUGUGGAAGGCUGGAUGCCUGCUUUGAACUUGGCUUUGGUGGUCCUUGGGAUGUGGCAGGGGCUGCUGUCAUUGUUAAAGAAGCUGGGGGAGAAGUGUUUGAUCCGUCUGGUAGAGAUUUUAACUUGACAUCUCAGCGAGUAGCAGCUUCAAACCCUUUCCUGAAGGAUGCAUUUGUUGAGAUUCUACGCCAAACAGGGUGUUAGUUAGCUGGUUGAAACUGACCAUUAAUGUUUGAGGGGGGAAUUGGGGAAAUGGCCAAACAACUCGGUCUAUGUUAGUUCAAUUUCCUUUUAUAAAAAUGCUUUGGAGUGGGAAAACUUCAAUUAUUUUUUUCCCAACUCUCUUUAGAGGGGUACCAAAACAUUAGUAUACUUGGAUUCUUUUGAUGUGUCGCUAUAGAGUUCUUCUAUAAUUGAAAACCAUAAGGGAAAAUGAUAUUUGAGAAUCUACAA